UUCUCGGGCCGGCCUGGCCAGGCCCGUUUGCAUCGCCUAAACAACGUUUCCACGGUUCCACUGCAUCACCAUCUUUACACUUACAGGAACUCUCUCAAUUCGCAGUCUUCAUUCUCCAAAAUCCCAGUUCCAGCUGCUGCUUAACCAGGUGGAGAGAGAGUCGAGAUGCCGUCUCUGCAAACAGCUUUGCCUCCUGAGCUCGCGGACAAUGUCUUAAGGCUUUAUCGCGAGUGCCUUCGAAGAGCGAAAUACAUAGGGCAUCGGCAACACAAUACUCAGCUUCUUGUCGACUUGGUGAGGCAGCAAUUUAGAAGGCACAUGCAUGAGACAGAUCCUGAGAAAAUCCAAAAACUAAAGGAUGAUGCGGCAAGGGGGCUGAUAAACCAUAUAUUGUAUGAAUCAGAGAAGAUGACUGGUCGCAAAUUCAGCAAAGGCUCGUAAUGUCAUUGUUCAUUAUAUGUUUCAAUGGACUUGUUGACGAGGUUUUGACUGUCUAUGAAGUAAAUUUAGCUUCGGUGGCCAGAAGAUUCCUCUUUUUGUAUUCCCCAUUGUUGCAAUGGAGUGUGAUGGUAACAUAAAACUGCAAGUGCAUUGUAGAACAGGACAAGGGUCAAUGGAUCGCUAUUGGAGGUCUACCAAUGGAUAUGGUCACAAUUUGUGAUAAUGUCACAACUCAGAACAGAAAUGCAUUUGACUGCACGAUCGAUUUUCACAGCAA